UAUGUGCGUAAACUGAGCUGAUGAGAUCUCAUCAUCUCGGAUACCAUCGUUAUACGAAAAUCACCGAAUGAUAGCGCAACUCUGGGUUCCGUGGAACAGCUGUUGCUUGAUAGAUUCGAUGUAAUUAGUACCAAUGUUCGGACUAUGCAAUUUUUGUAAAUCGUAUGGAUUCUGCAGCGAUCCUGAUGCAGACAAAGCGCAGUUUGUUCUCCAGGUGCAUCCCCCGGUGUCGUUGGAUACCUCUCGGAUGGGUGAUGAAGUUGUGAUAAUAAAAAAUGGGAGUCGUUUGUGUGGAUCCGGUGGCUGUAUCGCCACGACUUCCGUCAACCAAGACAAGGCGUACUUCGAAGUGAAAAUCCAGAGGGAUGGACAAUGGGGAAUAGGGCUUUCCCUGGGCUCGAUAAAUGUUAACAAUAUCCCGUUCGGCACAGAUACGUCUAGCUGGGUUCUGAGAGAAGACGGAAAAGUUUACCAUAAUAACGAAAUCAUUGGCCAAGUUCCUGAGAUUCCACGUGAGAGCGACGUUGUGGGUGUCGCCUAUGAUCAUGUGGAGAUGAGUUUCCAUCUUAAUGGAAAGCCGCUCAACACUUCUGUCCGGGGCCCGAAAGGGACUGUUUUUCCGUGUGCUUUUGUGGACCGCGAUGCCAUUCUUGAUUUUUAUUUCACAAACUUCCAGUUCGUUCCUCCUCCGGGCUUUAGCAGAAUCAUGUAUGAGCAGACGAUACUAUAAAUAUUUAAUCUUGAAAUGGUAUGUACGGUUUAAACUCUCAUAACGCACUAUUCUUUGCAUGAUGCAUUCUAAUUUCUAAUCGAAGAAGGAAAUUAAUUUUGGUUUUCUAGACAGAAAUGUUUUAAGCCUGUGCAAUGCUCACUGCAGCUUUUAUUACUUUCGCCCUGUUGAGAUCUCCGUGUAAAUGUUAUUAACGAAAAUCUGGAACUCUUUCUGUAUGCGUUCGACAUCGUCUCGCGGGUCGUUGAAGUGGAUUUCUUUAACUGUUGAAAUCAAAAUCCAUUUAAAAAAUUUUUGAACAGAUUUUAAAAGUAUCGAUAAGCCUUCCGCUAUUACUGUUUUGGAUGACUUACAUUUAUUACUGAUUGACGAUGGCAGGAGUGAUUUAUCUGCAUUCCUGUAACGAUCUUGCUGACGCUGGCUGUUGGCGAUCACAAAACACCGGGAAUCCGAAACUGGUUUCAGUAUAGCAUUUUCGGGACGUUGGUUGAAAAAGUAGGCAAUAGUUUCCAGCUCCCUGUCCUGUCCAGGGCGGUCAGCAUUGUACACCAGAACGACGCCAUCGGCGUUGUACAAAGCGGAAUUCCAGUAUUGCUGAUUGUGCUUAUCCCCGCCCAAAUCCCAAAGUUGGAUCCCGAUAUUUUUUGGAAGAAUCGAAACUUCUUUGGGGAUUUCUUUGACCUGUAUGAAUGAAGUGGUAACAGCAUGAAUUCUGGUCACAACGUUUGGUUGGAUGAUGGAUCCACUUAAUUGCACUGAUUCACUGCGUGGUUGUUCUGCUGUGGUUACAGCACUUUUUUCAAAGAGCAGCAGUGGUUACUCUAUACUUAGCUAGCCACAAAA